GAGCUGAAUGAUAUAAUAGAACAAGUUAUUUUCAAACAACUGAUUUACUAAUUUAUGGAUAUGAAUGAUAUAGUUAAACAUGUUUGAGAACAACUAAUUUUUGCAAAAAAUGUUUAUAUUGAAGAGAGAUAUUUUUUCUUGUUCGAAUCUAACAAGGUUCCUAAAAGCCCACCAAGGCCAUCCGACCACCGCAGCCUAAAUCACCUUCCGUCGCCAGCUCCUAGAAACCCCUCUCCUGCCCGGCCUCCUCCCUCUCUCAUCCGAUGGGCAAGUCAAGCAAGAAGGCGGCCGCCGUGGCUGCAGCGCCAGCGGCGGUGCCCAAGGGGAAGAAGCGGGAGGCGGAGGACGAGAUCGAGAUGGCCGUGAGCGCGAAGAAGCAGAAGGCGGCGCCACCGGCGAAGGCCGUGCCGACGUCCAAGAAGGACGCCAAGGAGGACGCCAAGUCCAAGAAGCAGCCGCCCCCCAAGAAGGCUGAGAACAGCAGCAGUGACUCUGAAGAGGACCCCGAGUCCGAAGAGGAGAAUUUUUAUAAUUUGAUUGAGUCGGGGAGGGCAGACGGAGAUGAGGAGUUUGACGAGGACGAGGAGGACGGGUUCGAGUUCGGUGACGCUGACGAGGCGAUGCAAUGCGUGGUGAUGGCGGAAAGCAGCACCACCGCCGCGGCGCUGCGUGCUCACACGCAGGACUACGAGGCGCUAGCUGCGCACAAGCGCAAGGCCCUUGCCGAGGAGCAACCCCAGAGGGAGGAGGGUCCCAAAAGGCCAAGACCGGACCAACUUUCAGAAGCAGAAGCAGCAACCAUGUUCGACCAACUGAUGGAAGGCUUUGGUCUUAGGCGUAAAAGAAGGUCAAAAGAUGGCAAGAGAAGGGGAAGAAAGAAAGGAACAAAGAAUAAGGGCAGUGCUGAAGUUAUUAAAAAGUUGGGUGAUGCUACUCUACUUUUCGCUGAAGAAAAAUUUAACGAGGCAAUACCUAUACUACAUGAGAUUGUGCGAAUUGCACCAAAUUUGUCAGAUUCAUAUUAUCUACUUGGUAGCAUUUAUAGUGAGAUUGGUGAACUAGAUAAAGCCAUAAACUUCUUGAUGCUAGCUGCAUAUGUUUCCCCAAAGGAUGCAUCUCUGUGGAAGAAACUUAUUCCCUUGGCAAAGAAAAAGGGGGAUGCUUCUCUGGCAAGACACUGCAUUUUAAAAGCAAUGAACGCAGAUCCAGAAGAUGUAGAUCUGAAGUAUCUUUGUGGUUAUAUGUAUCACAACCUUUGUGAAUAUCAGAAAGCUGCAGAAAUAUAUGAACAAAUAGUCAGAAUUUAUCCUGCCAAUAGUGCUGUUCGUAAAGUAGCAGCCCAGAUGUACAGAGAGUGUGGUCAAAUUGACAAUGCUAUUAAUUUGUUGAAAGACUAUGCCGAUACUCAAACUUUCAACAUUGACUGGAGCGUUCUAGAUUUAUUGAUAUCACUUUAUCUAAGAAAUAAUGUUUUUAGUGAAGCACUAAAGCAGAUCAAGAGGGCACAACUACAUUUGGGAUCUCAACAGAAACUACCAGUACAAUUGCAGGCAAAAGAAGUAAUCUGCCAUGCAUAUUGCGGUGACAUGAAACAUGCUGAGAUUUUCCUUCGUGAUGUGCGUUUGGAGCCAUCAAAAGAAAACAUUGAUGUGCUCAAGGAACUCGCAAGCAAUUUAGAAAAAAUGGGACGAUAUGAGUAUGCAGUAAAGUUUUACCUGCUAAUUGAAAAUGUUGCUACUCAAAAUGAUGGUGGUUUAUGCUUUGAUCACAAAGAAAUGGGUAGUUGGUAUGUCAAAGCUGCUCAGUGCUACAUGAUCUUAGGGGACAAAAAAAAUGCUAUUCCUUAUUUUUAUAAAGCGUUACAAAGCAUGAAGGACAAUAUUGGUAUACGAUUGACCUUAUCCUCCCUUCUUAUUGAUGACGACAAGACAGAUGAAGCUGCCACUUUGCUUUCUCCUCCCAAAAUUCCAGAGUUGCAGUCUGCUAAUACUCCAGACCAACAGAAACCUUGGUGGUGUGAUGGGAAAGUUAAGAUGGCGCUUGCAAAACUUUAUUACAAUAAAGGAAAUUUGGAAGAUUUUGUGGACACAAUUUUUCAUCCUAUUCUAGAAACUUUGAAUGUUGAAUAUGCUAAUCGAAAGGUCAAGUCAAUGAGAAAGCUUCCAAACAUUGUUCUGCAUGAAAGAGUCAAAGUAUUGGGUGAGCAACGGCCAGAUAGUGUAUUUCAAGGAUUAAGGCCAAUAGCAUCACCUGAUGAAUUACAAAAGGCAAACAGAGCAAAGAAAUUAAUUGAGAAAAGGACCGCUGCAAAUGAAGAGUUAAAACAUGAUUAUCUGCCAAGAACAAAGCAAGUUCCUCCUGUUCCUGGUCUACUGACAAAUGUGGAGCAUCAUCAGCUUGUGUUAAAUCUUUGUCGAACAUUAGCUUUGCUGCAGCGAUAUUGGGAUGCACUGCAGAUUAUCAACCGAACCCUCAAACUUGGAAAUGACGCACUCACUGGUGACAAAAAAGAGGAACUCAGAUCCUUGGGUGCUCAAAUAGCUUAUAGAGCUCCAGAUCCCAGUCAUGGCUUUAAGUAUGUCCGUUACGUUGUUCAGCAGCACCCAUAUUCUCUUGCCGCAUGGAAUUCCUACUAUAAGGUGGUAUCAAGAAUAGAGGACAGGUUUCCACAUCAUUUCAAAUAUCUCCUUCGGACAAGAGAAGCGAAUCCUGACUGUGUGCCUCCAAUAAUCAUAUCCGGGCAUCGAUUUACUGCUAUAAGUCAGCAUCAGUCAGCUGCCCGGGAUUACCUUGAAGCUUAUAAGCUGGACCCAGAAAACCCUCUUAUUAAUCUAUGUGUAGGCACUGCCUUGAUUAGUUUGGCCCUUGGCUUCAGGCUUCAGAAUAAGAACCAGUGCAUCGUCCAAGCUUUUGCUUUCCUGUACAGAUACCUUCGCCUUUGUGAUAACAGUCAGGAAGCCUCGUACAACAUUGCUCGAGCGUAUCACCACAUUGGCCUGAAUACCUUGGCAGCUGUUUACUACGACAAGGCUUUGUCAACCGAGGAGAAGGAUCAUCCCAUCCCCAAGCUUCCGUACGAGGCUGGUUCACGUGCGCCAGAGGAUCUGAGGCCAGGGUAUUGUGAUGUGCGAAGAGAGGCAGCGUUCAAUCUGCAUCUAAUCUAUAUGAAGAGUGGAGCUACCGAUCUUGCGAGACGGAUCCUAAAAACUUACUGCACUGUCUAAAAGCUGGUAUCGGGCAAUGUUGUUGGGAUCGGAUAUCAGAUCCUUCAAGGCUCCUUGCAUUAGCUUAGGAUCAAGCUAGUCUAUAAAGCUAGAACAUUGGUGUAAUAUGUCACUAGUGACUUUAGAUGUGUAGCUGAAGAGUUAACAACGUGCUUGAUCCAGAUUUAAACGUAUAUUCUGGUUUCACAAUGCUGUGUUAUAGUCAAAUGGUUCAGCGAUGCUUUGCUUCAUGUGA